CAGUAUAAACAGUCUGGUCAGCUCCUGCUCAGGCACCUUUCUCAGCUCAGCUCUCUUCAGUACCUGGACUCAAAGGAGGACCGCUCAACAUGAUGCUUCUCUCCCAAACACUCUGCCUGUGCUUGGCACUAGCACUCAGCAAUGCUGCUCCAACGCUCCAUGAUGUAAUGAUGGCAGGUCCAUUAGACCACGGCCACGACCACCACAAGGAUGAGGCCCACCACAAUGCCAACCCAGACCGGUGUGACGGCAUCGAGUUUGACGCCAUCACCCCCGACGAGAAAGGAAACACCUUCUUCUUCAAGGGGGAUCACCUGUGGAAGGGCUUCACUGGUCCAGCUCAGGUCUCCAAUGCCUCCUUCAAGGAGCUAGAUGACUACCAUCACCUGGGGCACAUUGACGCUGCCUUCCGCAUGCACAACAAAGAAAAACAUGAAGACCACGAUCACAUCUAUGUUUUCCUGGACAACAAGGUGUUCAGCUACUAUAACCACAAUCUGGAGGAGGGCUACCCCAAGGACAUCCAGCUGGACUUCCCAGGGGUGCCCAGCCACCUGGAUGCUGCGGUGGAGUGCCCCAAGGGAGAGUGUACAUCAGACUCUGUCCUAUUCUUCAAGGGAGAAGAGGUGUACAACUAUGACAUCGCCACACAGUCAGUAAAGGAGAGACAGUGGGCCCACCUGCCCAACUGUACGUCUGCCUUCCGUUGGCUAGAGCAAUACUACUGUUUCCAUGGCCACAACUUCACCCGGUUCCACCCUGUAUCUGGGGAGGUGAACGGAGCGUACCCCAAGGACGCCAGGCACUACUUCAUGAGGUGCCCCAAUUUCGGCCAUGGCGGUGAGGCAAAGGUCCCCAAAUGCAGUGAAGUGACUCUGGAUGCCAUUACCUCAGACGACUCAGGCAAAACCUAUGCCUUCACUGGUCAUAUUUAUAUGCGUCUAGACACGCAUCGUGAUGGUAAACACGCCUUCCCCAUUGCCAGAACCUGGAAGGAAGUGACCAACGGGGUGGACGCAGUCUUCUCCUACAGCGACAAGAUCUACAUCAUCAAGGGUGACCAAGUUUACAUCUACAAAUCAGCAGCUCCCUCCACUCUGAUUGAGGGUUACCCUAAAAGCCUGAAAGAGGAGCUGGGCAUCGAAGGGCCUGUGAACGCAGCCUUUGUUUGUGCAGAUCACCAUAUUGUGCACAUUAUUCAAGGAAAGAAGAUGCAGGACAUUGACCUGUCUGCCACCCCUAGGAUAGUAGCCAGAGAGGCCCCACUGCCCAUCUCCGGCAUCGAGGCAGGCACGUGCGGCCCUGAUGGCAUCAAAGUGUUUGUGGGCUCUGAGUACUACCACUACGAGACCCCCAGGCUCCUGGCUUUCAGCAGGAUCCGCCCAGAGCCUAAGAAAAUCACCCCAGAAAUGAUGGGCUGUGUGGAAUAGGAGUCAGUUUAUGUGAGAUCCCUUUUUGAAGAAUAUCAACUGUGAUCAUAUGUACUCAAUAGACAACAUGGGGUCUUAUUAGAAGAUUUGCCAAACUCGCUAUCAAAACAUAUAAUCACAUGUUAAAGUAACUGUCCAGUGAAAGUUAAUAUUCCCUUAACUCAUACCCAAAAACAUUUAUUGACUCAUCCUAUAAUCUUUUUUGUGGCCAACGCAUAAUUGAGAAAAAACACUUAAAAAACCCCACCUUAAAUUUGUAUCUCAAACAGAAUGUUGAAAUAAUGCUUGCUAUUUCCUCCUUUGGAGGAUGAGCUGACUAAUCUGCUUUCUACUCGCAUUAAUUUUUUAUGAUCGUAUACGGCAAAACCAUUCUGUUGUGUUGAAAAGCUGCAAUUUAACAUACUUUAACAUAAUUUAACAUAAAACUAUUUCACUCAUAUUGGAAAUAAUUAUAGGUCAUAUUUCAUAAAAGUCUGGAAACCCUGGGCAGUUACUUUAACUUGACACAACAACUCACAAGUCACCCAAAUACUGUAUUAUCACAUUUUAUGCUUAACAUUUUUGUAUGACAGAGAUGAGUUGAAUUAAAAAGAUACAAAGAAACUGAAA